AUGUCCCGCAAUAGAAUCACACGAUGUCACUCGAACCUACUUAUGCGGCAGCUCCUAGAGCCCACCAUCACGAGCAUUAAUAGCAGUGAUAACAACGACAUGGAAUCCCCAAAUUCUCAAACACCAGUCAUGCGCACUAUAUGGUAUAUUAUUGGCCCAGGCGGCUGCGGAAAAUCCACCAUUGCCUCCUUCCUCUCAGCGAAGCUCAACCUCCUCUAUAUCGAAGGCGACGAUUUUCACCCCCCAGCGAAUAUCAAAAAGAUGAGUGCCGGCAUACCGCUCACGGACGAUGACCGGUGGGGCUGGCUCAAAGCUCUCCGUGAUGCUGCGGUUGCCACUCCGGGAGGGGCUGUGGUUGCCUGCUCGUGUCUCAAGAAGAAGUACCGCGAUGUCAUGAGGAAUGUGAGCGAUGAUGUGCAAGUGAGGUUCGUUUAUCUGCGCUUGACGAGCGAGGUUGUGAUGGAGCGGGUCAAGGGGAGGAAGGGCCACUUUUUCGAGGCGACGCUGGUGAAGAGCCAGUUUGAGGCGUUGGAGGAGCCGAGCGAAGAGGAGGUGGAUGUGGAUGUGGUCGUUGUGGAUGCGGCGGGCAGAAGGGAGCAGGUGAAGGAAAACACCUGGCUCCAGAUGAGUAAGGUGACGUGCGGAUAG